UUUUUUUUUGUGUUGGCCUCCGGUUCUUUUUCGGGUUGGCGUCGGGGGGGUGGUGUGGAAGUAGCAAAAAUAUGGAGGACACGAAGGUUAUUUGCGCCUCGCCUCUCCUCCUCAUCUCCUUCUUUACCAUUACACGACCUCUCGCUUUCCCUAUCUCUACCUCACCUCCUUCGUCUUUCGUCCGACCCAAUUCCUUCACGCCUCCUCCAACCCUAACCCUAGCCCUCUUCUCCGCCGCCGCCGCUCGCCGCUCGCCGCGCUCCGCUCCCGCCGCCGCCGCCGCCAGCGGUCCCUCGCUCUCUCCGCUCUUGUCCUCUGGCCUCGCUGUUUCCGUCGAUGCCCGGGUCGGCUCGGUCCUCCCUCGGGGCUCGCGGCUUUCUCUAGCGCGGCGGGGCCUGAUUUGCUCGGGGCGCGAAUUCGGGGGCGUGGAGUAGGAACACAUUUUGCUGCUGAUAUAGUUUGCUCUCAUGGAGGAAUUGGGCGCUACUCGAUUUGAUAUUCUUGGCAGUGCCGUGAGGAAGAAGAGGACCCGAGCAGCUCGCCGUCCUCGACCUGAUUCAUAUGAAGGUCAUGAAGAUCAUGAAGGUCAUGAUCUUUCGCCAUUGUCUUCAGCACCAGCUUCAGAUGACGCGAGCAAGGUCUCCAGUGAUGACAAUAUUGGAGGUGACACUAAUUCCAGGAGAAAGGAGUUUAACCUUAACCAAUGUGUCAUCCGUGUUUCUUCUGGGGCAGGUGAUUCUGAGAAACUGCAGAAGAAGGUGAGGAGGGAUGACGAAGCUUUCGAUACAUUUUACAAUAAUGAGCCUGGACGAAGUGGGUUUAGUAACAAGCGAUCUAGUGAAGGUGUUCUGGCCCCUGCUAAUUGGAAAAGUACUAGUAAGGCUCCCGAUAAUUAUGGGGGGAAGAAUGGUGAAAGUCAAGGUCCAGGGCAGUCAGCAAUGACUAUAGAUGGAGUAGGAAAUGAAAACAAGGUUAAGAAAGUAAAACUAAAAGUGGGCGGUGUUACUCAUACAAUUUCCACCUCUAAUGGAACACAUGAGAGUGGGUCUCUUGUGAAGAGUUCGCGAGCUUUAGAUUCUUUGAAGCCAAGGCAAAGGCCGAAUUUUGAGCAGGGAAAUUUAGAUGGCACCCCUUCUAUAGAUAAAAAGACUGGUUUGCAGGGCAUUCCUUGGAAAGAUUUUUCAAAAGGUGGCUUUAGGUUUGGGAAAGAAGACUCUUCGACGGGGAAAAUGUCUGGAAGGAACACAUCUGGUAAACAAGGGGAUAAGUCUGAACCUGUUCGCAAGAGCAAGCGGGUGCCCAAGAAACGGUUAAUGGAUGGUGAAUUCAACGAUGAUGAAGAUGAUGAGCUGCGUUAUCUGGAGAAACUUAAAACUUCGAAGAUUGGUGGGGGUUUUAGGGAAGAUGAUGAAGGAACAAGUAAGAAACAGCGGAAACUUGCCAGUGUGUCUGACAUAGAACGACUUGGUGCGUUUAAGGGCAGCAAGGAUGGAAAGAAGAAGCCAAGAAUAGAUAGAACCUCUGAUGAUACGGAUUAUGAGGAAGACGAUGAAACUGGAUCUGAUGGUGAACUUCGAGGUAGAAAGAAGAAAAGGCAGAAGAAAGAAUCGGUGGAUACCUUGAUGGAUAAUAACAGAAAGGAAAUGACUCUUACAACCCGUCAACGUGCCCUCCAAUCUGGUAAAGAUGCCUCAGUUGCAGCUGGUUCAAUUGAAUACCCUAAUGGAUUACCACCAGCGCCAGCAAGAAAACAAAAGGAGAAACUCUCAGAAGUCGAGCAACAACUUAAAAAGGCUGAGGCUGCACAGAGACGUAGAUUGCAAAAUGAAAAGGCUGCACGAGAGUCUGAGGCUGAGGCUAUUAGGAAAAUACUUGGGCAAGAUUCCAGCAGGAAGAAACGGGAAGAUAAGAUCAAGAAGCGUCGGGUGGAAUUGGCAGAGGAGAGGGCUGCCAAUGAAUCAGUCCGUGCAUCGAGUUCCAUUAGGUGGGUUAUGGGUCCGACAGGGACUGUUGUUACAUUUCCAAAUGAGAUGGGUUUCCCGAGUAUAUUUGAUUCCAAAAGUAACAGUUAUCCUCCGCCUCGAGAAACUUGUGUUGGGCCACUGUGCAAUAACCCGUAUAAGUAUCGGGACUCAAAGACGAGGCUUCCUCUCUGCAGUCUUCAAUGUUAUCGGGCAGUUCAGGAGAAAAAGCUCACAGGAGCAAUAUGCUGAUGAGCUCUGCCAGCAUAUUUUGCCAUGGUGCACGGCAAUAUACCUCUGCCAAUCUAUUUUGUGAAUAUCAAUUUGUAUCUAGAGUUGCCAAGAGGACAAGGAUUUUGCAGAUGUAGAAACACAUAUAGACCCCUCCGGGUAUUAAUUUGCUGAUAAUACACAGCUCAUUUAUUGGUA